UCUAAUUCAAGCAACGUUUUCCUUUCGUUUAUUAAGUAAUUUAGAUAAAAAUGUAUUCAAAGUGCAGGCGGCACCCGACAUUGCGUUAACGUAAUAAGUUUCGUCAACAUAAUAAAGAGACAUGUUUUCUUUUUCAGAGACCAUUCCGAAGGCAACAGCCAGCCAGCUUAUAGACCGAACUGUUUUAUUGGCUAUUGUUAAUUUAAUGUAAACCGCGUAGUGAAAAUAGACUGCGAUGUUGUAAGCCACAAUACUUACGUGUUAUAAGGAAUAUUAAUAUUGAAAAUGGCUUUCAAAAUUACAAGAUUCCUGUUCUUGUUGAUCGUUGCGGCUAUUACUGCGAAGGUGCAAGAUGAUCCCGCGGCUAAUCAAAUCCUGAAUUUUAAACAAAAAACUGAGGGUCCCAUCGCGAUCAUGACCACUGCUAAUGGCGCACCAGUCGAAUACAAAGAUGCUACAGUGACACUUAACGAAAGGUUGCUGUUCAAUGAUUACUUCUUGGAGACACUGACACACUUGUCUCGCGAAAGAAUCCCAGAACGAGUGGUCCACGCGAAGGCUGCUGGCGCCUUUGGAUACUUCGAAGUUACACAUGAUAUUAGAGAUAUCUGUAAAGCUAAAAUGUUCAGUAAAAUAGGGAAGAGGACGCCUAUCGCGGCUAGAUUCUCGCCUGUCGUCGUCGAAAGAGGAGGUAUCGAUACGUCUCGGGAUGCGAGAGGCUUCGCUUUAAAGUUCUACACUGAAGACGGUAACUUCGACAUCGCAGGUUUCAACACCCCUAUGUACGUCUACAAAGACCCCCUUCUCUUCCCUACAUUCGUACGUGCACAGAAACGGAACCCAUCUACGAAUCUGCUAGACCCUCACAUGCUGUGGGAUUUUCUGACCCUUCAGCCAGAGAGUCUGCACAUGUUUCUGCUAGUGUUCGGAGACCGUGGUAUACCUGAUGGCUACCGACACAUGCCAGGCUUCGGGAUACACACAUUCCAAGUAGUCAAUGAGCAUGGAGACAAAAACUUCAUCAGAUUCCACUUCAUGCCUGAUGCGGGAAUCAAAAACCUGCGCUCCGCUCAAGCGAGAAAGAUAUCCGGUGAGGAUCCAGACUACGCCACAAGAGAUCUCUAUAAAGCGAUCGGUAACGGUGACUUCCCGAGCUGGACAGCCAGCAUCCAAGUCUUAAGUUUGAAUGACGUCAAAACUGCAGGCUUCGACGUGUUCGAUGUGACCAAAGUGUUACCUUUGGACAAAUAUCCGCUAAGACCGUUAGGUAGGUUCGUCUUGAACAAGAACCCUAUCAACUAUUUCGCUGAAAUUGAGCAGUUGGCGUUCAACCCGGCAAACCUUGUACCUGGUAUCCUCGGAGGCCCGGACAAAGUGUUCGAAGCUCGUCGUCUAGCCUAUCGGGACGCCCAGUAUUACCGCCUAGGAGCUAACUUCUUCAACAUCCCCGUAAACUGUCCGCUUCAAACCAAAUCCUUCACGUACAACAGGGAUGGCAUGCCGCCGCUAAAGGACAACGAGAGGGACAUUCCCAAUUAUUACCCUAACUCCUUCAAUGGGCCUGUACCGUACAAAGAGCCUGGUAAGGUUGAGCUGAUUGAGAUAUACCAGGACGAACCUAACAACUUCGAUCAAGCUCGUGAACUGUAUGUCAAUGAGAUGACGCCCGAGGAACGAAGCAGGUUGGUGGAGAACAUCUUGUAUAGUUUGGCGCCGGCGACCAAAUUCUUACAAGAGCGGGCUGUCAAGAUGUUUGGUUACAUACAUUCGGACCUUAGUGAAAGGAUUUGGCAAGGGUUGCAAGCGAACAAAACAUUACAGUAUCACUGGGAUGAGUGAAUAUAGUAUACCUACUGAGUAUACAUGUAUUAUAUCGAUAGAAUUAGGUGUUAGUUACUUUUUAUACAUUUCAUAUUUUUACAUUUCUUUGUUCUUUGUAACAUAAAUGGAUUGUAUGUAGCAUUAAAAAUAUACAAGUACCUACUUUGAUAACCAACAGUUUAAA